AUGUUCUCUUCUUGCGCACUCGAUCCCACCACUUGUAUUUGCAUCAUCAUCUCCAUCAGUCUAUAUCUCGUUAUCGUUCCUUUCCAGGCUUCCAGCAGUAACCGCGAGAUGGCAGAGUCAGUUGGCAUCACCGGCACAGCCGCCGGUAUCGUCACCUUUGGCCUUCAGCUGUAUACAGGGAUUUCAGAGUAUCUUGAUGCUAUAAAGGGUGUGACGAAGACCUUCAAUGUGCAAGGCAAUAGGCAGCGACACUGCGAGAUUGUCUGCAAUCCAUCGAUCAGACUAUCCAUCGGAUCAGCAGCGACUAUGAAGUAG